AAGGGAACACCAACUUGUUUGACACCCUACGCAUUAAGAUAGAACUAGAAGAGAGCAGCUUUAUAUAAAUAAUAAGGUGAAGAGAGAAAAGAGAAGGUUGAUAGGACAGUACUCCCUCAAUUGAAAUAGAAGGUAACAAGGUUUUGGAGAGGCAGAGAUGCAGACACCGGCAAUGGAGCAGCAGCACAUUCAACGAGUGAAGAACUUGGGCCAGAGCUACAGAGAGAGCCCUGCGCAAGAAGACAGGGAGGAUGAAGAAAUGACAAGGUCUGCUCUUAGUGCAUUCCGAGCAAAAGAAGAACAGAUUGAAAGGAAGAAGAUGGAGGUCAGAGACAAAGUCUUUGCUCACCUGGGCAGGGUGGAAGAGGAAACCAAGCGUUUGGCUGAGAUUAAAGAGGAGCUUGAAGCGAUGGCAGAUCCAACAAGGAAGGAAGUUGCAGCUAUACGGAAGAGGAUUGAUGUAGUGAACCGUGAAAUAAAGCCUCUUGGACAGAGCUGUCUGAAAAAGGAGAAGGAAUAUAAAGAAGCUCUCGAGGCAUUCAAUGAGAAGAAUAAGGAGAAAGCUCAACUGAUCAACAAACUAGUAGAGCUAGUAGGCGAAAGUGAAAGGUUGAGGAUGAAAAAGCUGGAGGAGCUGAGCAAGACGAUAGAUUCCCUACACUGAAAUUAUUCAUGUUCAAGACUAUUAUGAUUCCUGUAUUGGUUGUUCUUCAUUUGUGUUUGAAAUGCUUCUUCUGUUUC